AUGGCGGCCUCCAGAUGAAAACAAGCACCUGCUCUCCAUGGUCGCUAAGUUUAGUUGGCAGUAUUGUUAAUCAAAAACACGACAACAGUUAGUUAUAUCUAUUUCUCACGAGCGGGAGGCUGAGAACGAGUAAGAAGACACCAUGGCAGAGGUUUUAGAGGCCGGACUUGUUUUAUCGGACUCGAAUUUUAGGGCAAGACCUAACUUUAGAACAUAUUUGUCUUCUGAUGCCAGUUUGGGUGGCAAUUCUGUCAGGCAAAUUGAAGAAAAGAGAAGAAUACGACAAAUGAAAUUUCCAAGUCUUAGGGGUAAGCGUGAUUAUGAUUCGUUCCAGGAAAGCACAAAACAAAAUGGAGCAUUUAAGAAAUGGAAUGAUGACGGAGACUUUCGAGCAUCUGCGCCAUUCAGAAGUUUUGAUAACAUCUUGGACCCUUGUUCUGGCUUUGUGAGUGUUGGAGGUGAUGUUGACAGGAAUACCGGACAUACUCAAAUAAGAUCCCUUGUUCAGCUCAACGACACACCACAUUCAGGUACACCGAAAGGAAAGAAUUCGGACCGAGUCAGUGAGCCAGCAGCGCCUCCUGAACUUAGGAGAUCUCAUACAUAUGCACCUGGUGCUCCCACCUUGUGGAACAGCAGGAAAAUAUCGGAUGCUUGGAUACGAGCUCAACUUGGAGGAUGGACGAGUGAUUAUGAUACCAGGAAGACCCCCCCUGAAGUUCUUCGGUCAAAGUCGAUGUUUGUAGCCAAGCCUCCAUCCGAGCUCAGUAAAGGAGGCAGAGACCACUUGGCUCUUCGGUACAUGUACGGCUCUUCCACUCAGAGAGGCUACGAGGAGAUACCAUGGGACUCCAUGCUGGCCCCCAAAGUGUGGCAACCAGUCUCCACGAUGGAGGAAAAACCAGACAUGGUAUCACAGCGAUGGAGCUUGAAAAAGUACGACCCGGCAGCACAGGAGUGGCAGGCAACUGGCCGAGGCUGGGACAUGUUCCAGACAAGGAGAGGAUAUUACAAGGAGGAACCAUAUGUCUUCUGCAGCGCAAAUCCCAGAGCUGACCAGAUUCCAUCCUAUGGAGGCUGUGUUGGUGCCAGGAACUUGGAGGAGAUAGAUAAUGCAAGGGAACCGUUCCAGCCCUUCACCGUCAAGAGAGUCCCCAUUCCUCGACCAGUAGACACAGGACAUCGUCCAAACAUUCCCUGCUACACUGGGUGCACCUUGUACCAGGGGACGUACAGCCCCGCCCACUCCCGGCAGGUGGCCAGUGCCCUGCCCACGACAAGUGAAGUACACAAUCCUAAGCCAGUGUCCCCCAACAACUCGGAGUUCAAGCGAAACUCCCACAUGUCGAAGAUGGUGACGACGGUGCCGCCCUGUAACCCCUUCAACAGCAUGGAGAAUGAGAUGGUCACUGUCAGUUAAGGGGUUAAAUAUGUGACCAACAUUUUGCACAUUCACGAGGUAGCUACCGUAUUUGACGUAAUAAGCGCCCCGCUACAAUAAGUGCCCACGGCGAUAUUUGCUAAUAUAUUGGCAAGUGAACAAUCCCA